AUGUCGGGCGCGACAGCACGUCCCCCCCCUGUGCUGUCCUUUAAACUACUAUCUGUCCCAGCUACUCCUUUCUCGCCUAGAUUAGGGCUGGCCCGACUCAUUCGGUCCUCCACUGAAGUUAUUGAUGUCGUCACUCCUGGUCUCUUCUUGCAUACCUCGCGAGGACAUGUGCCACAUCUGUCUGUCGAUCAUAUCUCACUAAUGGCAAAACAGAUGCCGUGGCUACAUGCAUCCUUCGAAGGCUUCUUAGAGACUCUUCCUCCCACUCCCACUCUCCAACCCGGACCCCAACCUCUUCAUACUUUCUUUGGAUUGCCUGCUGCAAGCCAUAUCAUCUCCCUUUCCUUGCGAGAUCCCGCCGACGUCCAAGAAAGACCGCCUGACGGAGAUGAUUAUCUGUCGAGUAUGACGAUUAGGGGUGUUCGAAAGAUCGAACCAUCCUUCUAUCGGUCGUAUGUUUCCUGCGUGCAGCCUGAUAUAAUCAUCGCGCUGUCUGAUAUCCCCUUCACUCUGCCACCGUUUUCGCAGAAACGAAUGACCAAAAGUAUCGAUCGAACCAUACGAUGGCUCGGUGAAAUCCUGAAAUCCCGUCCCUCGAUGGAAAUCACUGACAAUAUACGGGGUAAUAAUAUUUUCGUCAGUCUCGUUGGUGGUACAAAUGCUGCGGCCCGUAGGGCGUUCUCCCAAAAUUUGCUCGGUCCUCUAGAGGAAGGCAGCAACCUGAGUAGUGUGCGACCACAAACGAUACCACGCCUAGACGACCACAUUUCUGGCUACGUAUUGGAGAUGGCCCAAUUGAGGCUAGAACUCUCAGCCUCCCUAUCUUGCGGUAACGACUCGAGUUCGACGAAGGAGCCGACUCAGGCUAUCAAUCAAUUAUUGAAAGCCUCGCUCUCGCCCCUCCCAGCCGACAAAUUGCGUGUUGUUCACUCUUCGAUAUCGCCGCACGAAAUGCUUAGGCUCAUAUCCUUAUGCGGAAUAGACUUGUUCGACAGCUAUUGGGCACAGAAAGCAGCCGACUGGGGCAUUGCGCUCGACUUUUCCUUCCCCGUUUCGACAAGCCGCGACGAUACCGGACCAACCCGGCGAAGUGAUGGCAAGCGAGACGUUGGCCAUAAUCUGUACCACACGGGUUAUGCAUUCGAUUUUCGAGGUCUGGUUGGUGGUCCGAUGCAUGGAUGUUCCUGUUUAGCUUGCGCACCAUCAUUUACAAAGCCGAUCCCACAUAGCUCGCUAGAGUUUGUCAAUGACGGGUGCGAAGAAGAUGCGCCGGCUUUUACGCGCGCGUACAUCCACCAUCUCCUGCACACGCAUGAGAUGUCAGCACACGCUCUGCUCGUCUCACACAACAUCACAGUUCUUCAGGAUUUCUUUGCUGCGAUACGUUCGACUUUGAGCGCCGACGCUCCCCAGUUUGAUACAGAGGUUGCUCGGUUCGAGACGGAGUAUGAUGGAGACAUGCGGAUAAUUGAAGAAGGCAGGCGGGCUUGGGAAGAAGUUGAUUGUGCCCGAGGGAAGGGUCGGCUGGCGCGAGAACGUGGCACCAUUUGA